GCUCCCCUCCUCGGAGGGAAAGUGACAGCGUGUGUGUGUGUGUGUGUGUGUGUGUGUGUGUGUAUCUGGGCACGCUGUGUGUGUGUGUGGUGGUGUUCCUUCCCCCCCCCCCCCAGUCUGGAGCUCUGAAUGAAAGCCAGUCGGAGGGAGAGCUCCCCCUUAGCUUCGGUUCCCGACUGUCCAGAGUUAAGUGAUGCUGGGAGAAAAAGCCUGAGUUAGAUCCAAGUAGGAUCAGUCUUAAAAAAUAACAGGAGAAAACAGACCCAAAAAAAGGACUCUAAUAGCUCGUUUUUCAUUUGGUUGGGGUGGACUUUCUCAGAAGCAGAAUAAAAGAAAAGCAUACAUCACAGUGUGUGAAAUGUGUUACAUUACGGGAAAGAAAAAACCCCAAACCAAACCAACCAAACUAAAAAAAGGAGAAUUCAGUUAUCUAGUUCUCCAGAGGAGUGUUCUUGUUGAGAAGAGUCCCUCUUCCCAUUAUUGAGGAUUUGGUUAAUAUGUACAGUUCAGAGAUGAGUUGCUGGAAACUGCUUGUCUACAUCAGCAACUAGAGACACAAAUACAAGUCGAGAAAAACAAAACCGUAAGGUUCCAUUGCCGACCUGAUUGAAGAGGAUCAGCAGUGGAGAAUUAUGACAAUACAGCAAGUCCUAUUACUUCUGCUGCUCUGGAUGUGGCUGCCACAUCCCUGCCAUACAGAAAUGCUGUUUAGAAGGACUCCUGAUCUCAGAACCAAAAGCUUUGGAGGACGUGCAUCAGGGAAUGAUGGGAAAGCAAUUCACCGCCAGAAGCGAGGCUGGAUGUGGAAUCAGUUUUUUCUUUUAGAGGAAUACACAGGAUCUGAUUAUCAGUAUGUAGGCAAGCUUCAUUCUGACCAGGAUAAGGGAGAUGGAUCCCUCAAAUACAUUUUGUCAGGAGAUGGGGCUGGUACUCUUUUUAUAAUUGAUGAGAAAACAGGUGACAUUCAUGCUACUCGGAGAAUUGACAGGGAAGAGAAAGCCUUUUACACCCUGCGUGCCCAAGCUAUCAAUAGAAGAACUCUGAGGCCAGUGGAACCUGAAUCUGAGUUUGUCAUCAAGAUCCAUGACAUCAAUGACAAUGAACCAACAUUUCCGGAAGAAAUUUACACUGCAAGUGUUCCUGAAAUGUCAGUAGUAGGUACUUCUGUGGUCCAAGUUACAGCAACUGAUGCCGAUGACCCUUCAUACGGAAACAGUGCCAGAAUAAUUUACAGCAUACUUCAAGGACAGCCGUAUUUCUCUGUGGAACCAGAAACAGGCAUCAUCAGGACUGCUUUGCCCAACAUGAACAGAGAGAACAGGGAGCAGUACCAAGUAGUUAUUCAGGCAAAGGACAUGGGAGGCCAGAUGGGUGGAUUAUCAGGGACCACCACCGUGAACAUCACUUUGACCGAUGUCAACGACAAUCCACCUCGAUUCCCCCAGAGUACCAUCCACCUCCGUGUUCCUGAGUCUUCCCCAGUUGGGACAGCCAUUGGCAGCGUUAAAGCCACAGAUGCAGACACUGGAAAAAAUGCAGAAGUAGAGUACAGAAUUAUAGAUGGCGAUGGGACUGACAUGUUUGAUAUUGUGACACAGAAGGACACACAGGAAGGCAUCAUAACUGUGCGAAAGCCACUGGAUUAUGAGACAAGACGACUUUAUACUUUGAAAGUAGAAGCUGAAAAUACCCAUGUGGAUCCACGCUUCUAUUAUCUUGGGCCUUUCAAAGAUACAGCUAUUGUGAAAAUCUCUGUAGAAGAUGUAGAUGAACCUCCCAUUUUCAGCAGAUCUUCUUACCUUUUUGAGGUGCAUGAAGAUAUUGAGCUAGGGACAAUAAUAGGAACGGUAAUGGCAAGGGAUCCUGAUUCAGCCUCAAGUCUGAUAAGGUUUUCUCUGGAUCGUCACACUGACCUUGACAGGAUAUUUAACAUUCAUUCUGGAAACGGGUCCAUCUAUACCUCUAAGCCACUUGAUCGUGAAAUAUCACAGUGGCACAAUCUUAGUGUUAUAGCAUCUGAGAUCAACAACCCCAAAGAUACUACUCGUGUUCCUGUCUAUGUAAGAAUUUUGGAUGUUAAUGACAAUGCUCCACAGUUUGCUGUAUUCUACGAUACUUUUGUAUGUGAAAAUGCAAGAGCUGGACAGCUUAUUCAAACCAUAAGUGCAGUAGACAAAGAUGACCCUCUCGGUGGACAAAAAUUUUUCUUCAGUUUAGCUGCCGUUAACCCUAACUUCACUGUUCAGGAUAAUGAAGAUAACACUGCCAGAAUUUUGACAAGACGGAAUGGCUUUAGUCGACAUGAAAUAAGUACUUACCUUCUACCAGUGGUGAUAUCGGACAACGACUACCCGAUCCAGAGCAGCACGGGCACGCUGACCAUUCGAGUGUGUGCCUGCGACAGCCGGGGGAACAUGCAGUCCUGCAGUGCUGAGGCCUUGCUCCUCCCUGCUGGCCUCAGCACAGGGGCACUGGUUGCCAUUCUCCUCUGCAUCAUUAUCCUGCUAGUUAUAGUGGUGCUAUUUGCUGCUCUAAAGAGGCAACGAAAGAAGGAGCCUUUGAUCCUCUCUAAAGAGGACAUCAGAGACAACAUUGUGAGUUAUAAUGAUGAAGGCGGUGGAGAGGAAGACACCCAAGCCUUUGAUAUUGGCACACUGAGGAAUCCUGCAGCUAUUGAAGAUAAGAAGCUUCGACGAGACAUUAUCCCUGAAACAUUAUUUGUACCACGCAGGACUCCUUCGGCACCAGACAACACGGAUGUCCGAGAUUUCAUUAACCAAAGGCUAAAAGAGCAUGACACUGAUCCUUCCGCACCGCCGUAUGACUCGCUUGCAACCUAUGCCUAUGAAGGAAACGAUUCAAUAGCUGAAUCUUUGAGCUCCUUGGAGUCAGGUACUACUGAAGGAGACCAAAACUAUGAUUACCUCCGAGAAUGGGGCCCUCGGUUUAAUAAGCUAGCUGAGAUGUACGGUGGAGGAGAAAGUGACAAAGACGCUUCUUAACCUACAGUAGCUUCAUUUUUUUUUCCUUUGAGUGGAAGUAAUUUUACAGACACCUUCUGCACUCAACAGUAUUUAACAUUCAGGAAAUUUUUCCUGCCACUCAGCACAAUGGUUUCCUUUUAAAAUUUGUUUUAAACUUGUACAUUAAUGUCAUUCAUUCUUUCUAGUAGGAUGCCACUUGGAAUACAUACAGCAUUUUAUUUAAUCAACUUCCAAGAACCAAAGCUAUGGAAAUUCAGUGUUGUCCAUUUUAGUAAGUAAAAUAAACAAUAUCUUACCUUCAGAAAUUUGAACAGGGUGAUAAUCCCUUAAGCAACCUCAUGUACAAGCCGCUUCUGUUAGGUACAUGUCCUAUCCCUGCAAGUGCAGCUUUUAAGAUGGCAAAGAAGAAAAAAUCCAAUAUGUCCUGUUCUGUACAUUAAAAUAAAACAAAAUGUACACGUGGUGUUAAUAAGUGUAAUAUGCAGCUGGUUUAAAAAAAAAGUUUGUGCAACUUCAUUUCAUCAAAUUCUAUCUGCCAAUGUUUUAUAUUUAUAUUUUUGUAUUUAUUUUUAAAAAAUAAACCAGUUUUUACAACUA